UCGAAGCUUAUUAUCCAUAGCUCAAUAUCAACCACAGGUCUGCCAGGCUACAGAGGCCCCUGAAAUUGAUGUAAGAGAGGGUAAAAAUUGCCUCGACCGCAGUGCUGGGAGAGUUUCUUUUGACUUUGUAAUGGGCUGCUGAGCAUUAGGUCUCAUAUGGAAGUCCUCCUUUGGCUUUUUGUUGUUUUAUUCAGCCGAGACAUUCUUCACAUCUGACAGUGGGAAAGACAGGGGAUAGCACAGUACAGCUCAAUUCACCAUCAGAGCUUAAGCAGGCUAUUCCAUUUGAGGACAUGAACCAAAGUCUGACUUCUGCUCUGAAUGAGAACAAGGAGGACCUCCCUGAUCGAGGAACCUGGAAGGGCAAGUUUGAUUUCCUGCUGUCCUGCAUAGGCUAUGCCAUUGGCCUAGGAAAUGUCUGGAGAUUCCCAUAUCUUUGUGGAAAGAAUGGAGGAGGAGCAUUUCUUAUUCCUUACUUCACUACCCUGGUGUUUGCUGGGAUUCCUUUGUUUCUGCUGGAGACUGCACUAGGACAAUACGCAUCAGUGGGGGGACUAGGAGUCUGGAAACUCAUACCAAUGAUGAAAGGUGUAGGUCUGGCUGCUGCAGUUUUGUCCUUCUGGCUAAACAUCUACUACAUAGUCAUAAUUGCCUGGGCUCUCUACUACCUGUUCAACUCCUUUAAACCAGAUUUGCCUUGGCAGAGUUGUGAUAACCCAUGGAACACUGAAAACUGUUUCUCCAACUACAGCCUGACUGACACCACCAACCUCACCAGUGCUGUAACUGAAUUUUGGGAAAAAAACAUGCACCAGCUAAGCAGUGGCCUGGAGGAGCCAGGUGAGUUGCGCUGGCCGCUGGCUGGGACUCUUGCUCUGGCCUGGGUACUCGUCUACUUCUCUAUCUGGAAAGGAGUAGAAUGGACUGGCAAGGUGGUCUAUUUCUCUGCCACUUACCCAUACUUCAUGCUCUUCAUCCUGUUUUUCCGAGGCAUCACUCUCCCUGGGGCUAAAGAUGGCAUUCUCUUCUACAUCACCCCUGACUUUAACAAGCUAAAAAAAUCUGAGGUGUGGCUGGAUGCUGCCACUCAGAUCUUCUUCUCUUAUGGUCUGGGUUUAGGUUCUUUGAUUGCUCUUGGCAGCUACAAUCAUUUUAAUAACAAUGUGUACAGAGAUGCCAUCAUUGUGUGCUGCAUAAACUCAUUCACCAGCAUGUUUGCUGGUUUUGUCAUCUUCUCCAUUGUAGGAUUCAUGGCCUACAUCACAAAAAAACCAAUUCAGGAAUUGGCUGCCUCAGGUCCAGGCUUGGCGUUUCUGGCAUAUCCUCAGGCUGUGACUCAGCUUCCCAUGUCCUCUCUGUGGGCCAUUCUUUUUUUCUCUAUGCUUUUGAUGCUUGGACUAGACAGUCAGUUUUGUACUGUGGAAGGUUUCAUCACAGCUUUGGUAGAUGAAUAUCCCACCAUCCUCAGGAAGAAGAAAAAAUUAUUCAUCCUCCUGGUCUGCCUUAUAUCGUUUAUCAUUGGCUUGUCCAACAUCACACAGGGUGGCCUAUAUGUGUUCAAGCUCUUUGACUAUUACUCCGCCAGUGGGAUGUGCCUCCUCUUUCUCGUCUUCUUUGAAACGGUUGCCAUAGCCUGGUUUUAUGGAGCAGAUAGAUUCUAUAGAAAUAUUGAGGAGAUGAUCGGCUAUCGUCCAUGUGGCUGGUGGAAACUUUGUUGGCUCUACUUCACCCCAUCAAUCUGCUUGGGGGUUUUCACCUUCAGCGCAAUAGAGAUGACCCCUCUGACCAUGGGCAAGUAUGUGUUCCCAGGGUGGGGACAGGGCAUCGGUUGGCUCAUGUCCCUCUCUUCUAUGCUGCUCAUUCCUGGUUACAUAAUUUAUAUGUUCUUUAACAUCAAGGGAAGCAUUAGUCAGAGGUGGCACAAAAUGACAAAGCCCAGUGAAGAUGUCAAGCCGAAGGAAGGUAACCAUUCAAUACUUCAACAAUAUGAAGGAGGAAUAAUGGGAGACACUUCUGUCUGACGUCACCUGAAACCUAAGAGCACUGGAGAAAAGCAUAUUGGCCGAAGCAUACAUAUACAAACAAACAAAAAAUAAGUUCUGUUAGAAAUGUACAUUUGUAAAAGUUAUAAGCUUGUACAUUCUCUAAAGUCUCAGUGUAAUUGUUUACCUCUAAAUAUAUAUUUAAUAACUAGUGUGUCUAAAUGUAUAUUUCGAAGUAUUUAUAGUAUUAUACAGAAUAGAUCAUAUUUAAAGUAUUUAUAGACUGACCUUACAAAUUAUUUAUACAAUAAAA